AUGUUGAAUAGAAUUGAGUUGGCAGCAGCUCAGAUGACAGUGAAUCAGCAAUUUCAACAUCAAGUUGCGGAGCCUGUUCAGACAAUGAAAAUAUGUGGAUUCUGUGCCACUGAGCAAUCUGUAGCAGCAGCUAGCGUUUUCCCUAAUCGUCCACAAUAUCAGCAAAGUAAUCAACCAAUUAAGUACGAUCCUAUGUCACCUACUUAUAAUCCAGGAUGGAGAGAUCAUCCAAAUCUGAGGUAUGGAAAUAUUUCAGCUGCUCAGCAGCCUUUUCCACAACAAAUUCAGAAUAACAAUUUUUCAAGCAAUCAGAGACCACCAGGGUUUUACAAUAGCACAAUUCCGAACAGAAUACAACCAUUUCAGCAGUUUCAACAACUUGUUCCACCAUUUCAGCAGCCAAGAAAGUCUUUUCCCUCAACUCAAAUCGAUUUCUCAUUACAAGACAUGAAAGAGAUUAUGCAGCAAAUGAUGCUCCAUCAACAACAACUUUCAUUGCAGUGUACUCAUUCAAUUCAGCAACAACAGCGGACUGAUGCAGCAUUACAGAAUAUUGAAAGACAAGUGAGUCAACUGGUGUCUGCACAAGGACAAACUCAGUUACAGACCCCAAGCCAGUUGCCUUCCCAAACCAUUCCAAACCCAAGAGGAAAUGUGAGUGCUAUCACACUACGGAAUGGGAGAAGUGUUUCUGAGAAUAAACAGGAGGGUUCAGCUGAGCAUUUAAAAGAUUUUGAUGCAGAUUUGCAGAUUAAAUUUGGUUCUGUUCCUAAAUAUGUUGCAGUGCAGAUUCCAUUGUUAGAACAGAAGCAAACAGAGAUUCAGUUACCAUUUCCUCAAAGAUCAGUACAACCUGGGAAGAGUAAAGUUGUUGAAAGGUCUAGAGAAUUUCAAGAGAUGAUGGAAAUUUUUAGUAAAGUAGAAGUAAACAUUCCUCUACUGAAAGCAAUCAAACACAUCCCAAAGUAUGCAAAAUUUUUGAAGGAUUUAUGUGUUAAUAAGAAAAAGCUUAAGGGUGAUGAGCUGGUUUGUGCAGGGGGAAGUGUUUCUGCAUUAUUCCAGGAUAUGCCACAAAAAUGCAGGGAUUCAGGAGUUUUUACUAUUCCGUGUAAAAUUGGAGAAAACAGUUUUGAAGAUGCUAUGGUGGAUCUUGGGGCAUCCAUUAAUGUAAUGCCGAAAUCAGUGUUUCAGGCUCUUGGAAUUGGUCCUCUUCAGCCAACAAGAGUUGUGAUCCAAUUGGCAAAUCGAAGUUUUGCUCAUCCAGUAGGAGUGAUUGAAGAUGUGCUGGUUAAAGUUAAGGAAUUGAUUUUUCCUGCAGAUUUUUAUGCUUUAGAUAUGGAAGGUGAUGCAUUAUCAAGUCAUGUGCCAAUUAUUUUGGAAAGACCAUUUUUGAAGACAGCAAAGACUAAAAUUGAUGUUCAUGCUGGAACUUUGUCAAUGGAGUUUGGUGAAACUGUAGUGCAGUAUAAUACUUUGGAUGCUAUGAAAUAUCCAGUAGAUGAUCAUUCUUUGUUGAGUAUAGAUUUGUUUGAUGAACUAGAAGACAGGUUAGAUGGUUACUUACUGGAAUGUGCUGUUUUUUUUAAUAACUUUAGAGAUGAUCCGAGUACAGAAUGCAGUGACAAUUCUGAUAAGUGUGUUUCUGUUUCAGAGACAAGGGAUUAUGAGGGAGUUUUUGUAGUUGAGGUUGAAUCUGGAAAAUCACUUCCUUCUGUUUUGCAGCCACCAAAGCUGGAGUUGAAAGUUCUUCCCAGCCAUUUGAAAUAUGCUUACUUAAGGAAGGAUGAACAACUGCCAGUUAUUAUUUCCAAAGAUCUUGAUGCUGCACAGGAAGAGAAAUUGCUAAAUGUUUUGAGGCGCAAUCAGAAGGCGAUUGGGUGGACUCUCGCAGAUUUGAUAGGAAUCAGCUCUUCUAUCUGUACACAUAGGAUUUUGUUGGAGGAUGAUGCUAAACUUGUGCAACAACCACAAAGGAGGCUUAACCCAAUUAUUCUUGAUGUAGUAAAAAAAGAAGUUGUGAAGUUACUACAAGCUGGGAUUAUCUAUCCUAUUUCGGACAACAAAUGGGUAAGUCCAAUGCAAGUGGUGCCUAAGAAAUCGGGAAUUACUGUGGUGGCAAAUGAAGGCAAUGAAUUGAUUCCUACAAGGCAUGGUAUAGUUUUGGGUCAUAUUGUUUCUGAAAAAGGUAUUGACGUAGAUCCAGCUAAGAUUAGUGUAAUUACUGCUUUAUCAUAUCCUACAUGUGUGCGAGAGGUUCGUUCUUUUCUUGGGCAUGCAGGAUUUUACAGAAGAUUUAUCAAAGAUUUUAGUACUAUUGCUUUACCUUUGUCACGAUUGUUACAAAAGGAUACGGUGUUUGUGUUUGAUGAAAGAUGCAAGGAAGCUUUUGAUAAACUCAGGGAAGCUCUUAUUUCAUCUCCUAUUAUGUGUGCCCCUGAUUGGUUGCUACCUUUUAAACUAAUGUGUGACGCUUCUAAUUUUGCAGUUGGAGCGGUUCUAGCUCAAAGGGUUAACGGAGCACCUCAUGUUAUUAGCUAUGCAUCAAAGACAUUGGAUUCUGCUCAAAGCAACUAUACAACAACUGAGAAAGAGCUUCUAGCAAUUGUUUUUGAUUUGGACAAAUUUCCGUCUUACCUUCUUUGUUCUCAUGUUAUUGUUUUUCCUGAUCAUGCAGCUCUCAAGUUUCUUCUCAAGAAAAAAGAUGCAAAGCCUCGAUUGAUUCGUUGGAUGCUCCUACUUCAAGAAUUUGACAUUGAAAUACGAGACAGGAGCGGGAAAGAGAACUUGGUGGCGGACCAUUUGAGUAGGAUUGGAAGUAAAAUGGAUAAUGUACCAAUUGUGGAUGCAUUUCCUGAUGAACAUCUUUUCCGGCUACAAGGUAGAUUGCCAUGGUAUGCUGAUCUUGUCAAUUGUUUGGUUGCUGGUGUCUUUACUACGCAUUUUUCAAGAAUUCAAUGUGAUACACUUAAGAGUGAUGCAAAGUAUUAUGUGUGGGAUGACCCUUACCUUUGGAAAUUUGGUAGUGAUCAGGUAGUAAGGAGAUGUGUAUCUGAUGAUGAAUUUCAGUCUAUACUUUCCUUUUAUCAUUCACUUGCAUGUGGGGGGCAUUUUGGGCCUCAACAUACAGCUAGGAAAGUUUUAGAUUCAAGAUUGUAUUGGCCCACUUUAUUUAGGGAUGCUUUUGAGUUUCAUCGGACUUGUGAGAAUUGUCAAAAGAUGGGAAAUAUAGGACGUAAGCAUGAAAUGCCUCAACAACCUAUUUUGUUUUGUGAAGUCUUUGAUGUAUGGGGUAUUGAUUUUAUGGGUCCUUUGCCUAUUUCAUUUGGUUUUGUUUACAUUUUAUUAGUUGUUGAUUAUGUGUCAAAAUGGGUGGAGGUCAUUCCCAGCAGAACUGACGAUUCUUCUAUUGUUGUGAACUUUGUUAGGUCUCAUUUAUUUUGCAGAUUUGGAUUGCCUAGAGCUAUUAUUAGUUACCAAGGAUCUCAUUUUUGUAAUAAGCAUAUGAGGGCACUCAUGAGUAAGUAUGGUGUGGUUCAUAGGGUAUCUACUUCUUAUCAUCCACAAACGAAUGGUCAGGCCGAAAUUUCUAAUAGAGAGAUUAAGCAAAUUCUUAAAAAGACAAUAAAACUGGAUAGGAAGGAUUGGAGUAGGAGACUUGAUGAUGCUCUUUGGGCUUACCAAACAGCUUACAAAACACCUAUUGGAAUGUCUCCGUAUCGGAUUGUUUUUGGUAAGGCUUGUCACUUGCGAGUUGAGGUAGAACAUAGAGCGUAUUGGGCUGUGAAAUCUUGUAACAUGAAUCUGGGAGAGGCUGGUGGUGAGAGGAAGUUACAGUUGCAAGAGCUUGAGGAGCUUAGGUUGGAGGCUUAUGAGAGUUCCCGGAUUUACAAAGAAAAAACAAAAGCUUUUCAUGAUAAACAGAUAUUGAGAAAGGAAUUCCAUAAGGGAGACAAGGUUCUGCUAUUUAAUUCUAGACUUAAAUUGAUACGGGGUGUUGAAGAAGAUUUCAAGGAGAAGUUGCACUUUGAGGAAGCUGCUUAUCCAACUUGA